UUUCCUAUCCGUGGAUCACUCUCCUUCGAUCCGGAUUCCUUAGCAGUUCUCGGCGACCAUCUCUCUGACCCGGACUACUGUUCUCGGCAUACUGCGUUUGUCUCAGUGCUUGCUUUCACAAUGAGUUCACGAAAGCUGGGCCCCGGAACCCGUAAUGCCUAUUCUGGGGGCUACAGCCAAUCAGUCAGGAGACAGAUAGACAAUGUCGUUCUUCCAGACAAGAUCAAGUGCGGAACGUGCAAGAAGUUUCGGUACAUCCAGGCCUUUUCCAAUCGUCAGCUGGACGCGCUACGCAAUGCUGUAGUGGUUCAGGGAGUCCGGGCUACUACCAGUGGAUAUGCCAGAUGCCUGACUUGCACGGGAGGAAGUCUCGCUGAGCUCAAGUGCGCCGCCUGUGACCGGGUCAAGGCCGUGGAUGAGUUUGCAAAGAACCAGCGGCAGGCACGCGACGCUGCGAAAUGCUUGAACUGUGUGCAGGAUCGUGCCGAGACCGAACCUCUCGUCGACGAAACCAAGAUGAUUACUGAUGGCGAAUCUACUGCCGCUAGCUCGACCAUGAGCCAGGUUGAUGGUAGCUCCGUGGCGGGAUCUUCGAAGCGCAUCCAAGGCUCUACCGACGGCAACGACGAUGGCGACGAUGGCGACGACGGCGACGACGGCGACGACGGCAACGAUGAUGACGACCAGUCCAUUGGUGGCGGUGUCUUCGUGGAAAAGGAAAAUAUAGACGAAAAUAGCAGUCGCCCUGGAAAGGAGAAGGCAUUCAUCGGAUACGACCCCCAGGGAAAAUCCCACCGCCUGUCCGUCCGGACUGAGGGCGAAGAGCCUGCUGAGGGAACCGGCUCUAUGCACAGCGGAUGGGCAGCCUGGGGUGUGAAGAACAGGCCCUCCGGAAAGGAUGCCAGUGAUGACACCAGACCGAUGAGGAAGAAGGAGCCCAAGUUUGCCAAGAUCCGAGGCUAUCGAUUCGAAAAGGGUGAAGGCCCCAGUAUGAGAAUUCCCGAGUCCACCGGCCAGACUAUCCCGUCUGACGACGAGGAGGAAGACAAUGAAUUGGAUAGCUUCCUGUGAGCCGGCCUGCUUCCCAAGGACAAGGCUAUGUGCUGCGGCGAUCGUGCUGAGUUGUCGGAACAUUGGGUCCAACUGAGAGCUUCAUUUCGGGUUUACUUUUCACCUUUCGGUCCUUUUCUUCUCUUCAUUGAUUUGUUUCCCUUAUUAAACAGA